AUGGCCGACGAUUACUACGGGCAGAACAAUUCCAACAGUGAUGACUCAGAGGUAGAACUGAACUUGCGGAGCCUGGAGCUGCAGGGUUAUUUGAGCAAGUGGACAAACUACAUACACGGCUGGCAGCCGCGCUUUAUCGUGCUGAAGGAUGGGACGCUGUCGUACUACAAAAGUGAACAGGACAGUGAUUUUGGAUGUCGCGGUGCGAUCAGCUUGCAGAAGGCAACGAUAAAGUCUCACGAAUUCGACGAAUGCCGGUUCGAUGUGGCGAUCGGCCAAAACGUUUGGUAUCUGCGUGCCGAAACACCGGAAGACAAGGGGAAUUGGAUCGAGGUACUACAGUCGUACAAAACGGAUAUCCCAGAAACGGUUAGCUUAAGGCGCCACGGAAGCACAAUUUCACUGCAAUCGAACACUCUGUCCACGGCCAGCGGUAGCAGUCUGAAGCGAGUUAGUCGCGGACUGCGAGAGAAGCUGCACGAAAUAGAAACCUUUCGCGAUAUCCUUUACGGACAGAUCGACACACUGCAGCGCUACUUUGACGCUCUCCACGCCAAAAACGAAGAUCAACCGCCGCUCGAUUUGGGUGACGGGCUGAAACCGAUAGAUUUCCGCGGUGAAGCAAUAACGUUCCGCGAAACGACUGCCGGCGUGCUCAUUACGCUGCAGCACUGCCACGAUAUUAUCUCGCAGAAGGAGGAAAGCUUCAAAAAACGGCUCGAAAAGGAACAGGAACGGCGAAGAAAGGCGGAAGAAUUGUACAGAGCUUGUAAAGAUGAGCUGUCGAAGAAUAGAAACUCUGUUAUUCCUGGUCCAGAUUUAGAGGAAGGGCCUCAUUCGACUAUCCCGGAGGAUGAGUUCUUCGAUGCGGUCGAAACGGGAUUGGAUAAGAUCGAGGAGGAUCGUCAGCUGCGCGUUCGACUGAAGUACCAAUCGCAACAGUCGCAGAUAAGCACCGUCAGUUCGCUGCACAGCCCGAACGCCGAAACGGAGGACGAGAUACCGCAACUGUCGGAAGAUUUCGGUACCGGUGCCCAAGCGAAGAGUCACAAACUGUGGCCAGAAAUUGAUCGAAUCUGUACGGAGCAGCUAACGCAAGCCCGACAAGGUGUCGGCGAGGAUGGGAACGGUUGGCAACUGUUUGCGGACGAGGGUGAAAUGAAGAUGUACCGGCGGGAGGAGGAGGUCGACGGUAUGGUGAUUGAUCCGCUAAAAUCUUGCCACGUGGUAAAGGGUGUGACUGCUCGCGAAAUGUGCCAUUACUUCUUCGAUCCGGCGUACCGGAAUGAUUGGGAAACGACGCUGGAGGAUGUACAGAUAGUGGAUAACGUUGCACCGGACACGCUCGUUUUUCUGCAGACGUACAAGCGAAUCUGGCCCGCCAGCCAGCGGGAUGCCCUGUUUUGGUCGCACAUGCGCCGAAUCACCGAUAAUGUGGAUGCCGGUGCGAAUGAUGUGUGGAUCGUGUGCAAUCAUUCCAAUCAGAACGAAGAGUAUCCGCCCGCUAACCAAGGCAAAUGUGUACGAAUCUAUCUAACGGUGAUAUUAGUAUGCCAGACCUACCUGCCACCGGGCAAGGACAGCAAAACGGCAACACGAGACGAUCUGACCUGCAAAAUUACCUACUGCUCCACUGUAAAUCCUGGCGGCUGGGCCCCAGCAACCGUGCUGCGCGCUAUCUAUAAGAAAGAAUAUCCAAAGUUCCUUAAGCGUUUCACCGGUUACGUUGUUGAUCAAUGUAAAGCAAAACCGAUCAUGUAUUAGAAUCUUCGCCCAGGAUAGGUGGUUGGCUUGAUUGUUU